CACUCUCUCCACUGAAAUAAAAAAGAAGAGAAGAAUGUCGUUUCACAGCGCUAUUCUCCCAAGACAGCUUCAAAUAUCAUUUUUACAAGCUUCAUCGCGAUUAUAUGAGUCAGUAUGUCCAAACAUUGGCAGAAGUUUAAUAUCCAAGGUAGGCCUACAACAUGACUCUAAGAAAGAAGGACCAAGACAACACUGCAUACACUGCUAUAGUCCCUUACAGCCUGGUCUGUGUAGGGUCAAGCUGAGUCCAAGACUUCAUAUAACAAGUGAAAUCGAACACUUGAGGAAGAAACUUGAUUUCCUAAGAGAGGGCUCACUUAGCUCUAGUCAGAAGAAGAAACUCAAGAGAUGGAUGAAUAGCAAGAAUAUCAUGGUUAUUUGCUGCAGCUUUUGCAAGAAGACCAACAGAAUUCCAUGUGCCCAAAGAUCCAACAGACCACAACAAAUUCAAGCUUCACAGAAUACCUCACCUCAAGAUUCAAUGUCCAGGAAGCGGAAAAGGAGAUCAGUAUCUAAUGACCCAUUCAGCAAAUUGACAAUAUCAUCUACUGGGAGAAGUUUUGUAAGUCCUCCAUCCAAAAAGCAGAAAAGAGAGUCUUCAUCAAGUAAUUUCUCAGUUACAAUCUCCCAAUCGAUCUCAACACCAGGAAGAUCAGAUCAUAGUAAUGAAGCAAACCCCAGCCCAUCUGGAAGAUCAAGUAGAAGUGCCAAGAAAGAUAAAUACAGACAGCUCCAGACGAUGUUGAAGUCCGCAAAACGAGAGCAGGAGAACAAUCAGUCACCUCUUUCAAAGUUUCUUACAUCAUUAUGACACCAGUAACUUGAUCCAUUCCCUCACUAAUUAUUCACUUCAAAGUUCUAUCUUUUUCAGACUAGAUUUAUCAUUAUUUAAAGAUAAAUUCCAGUUUUGGUAACGAUCUCAAUAUGACUUUUUACAGAAUC